CAAUAGUUCCAGAAUAAAGUUGUACUGAUCAACUUUACGAUCUACAUGCGAACUCAAAGGCAAUCUCUAGUGUUCAGGGAUUAGGGAGCUUUUCUCAUCAUGCAGUUUUUACUUUUGGAUUUACUGCUGGCCAACAGAAGGAACUCUGCACGAGGCUUGUCAUCAAAGUGUCUGAUAUGUUUUGCGAUAAUUAUAGUAGUACUCUAUGAUAACUUGGUGGGCUUCUGCAACCCCCGAGUAUCUUCCGCUUCGGAUCACUGACGUGGCUGCGGAGGGUAGGUGGUAAGAACAGCGUGUCUGUACAAAUCCUUUCGAUGUCUGCAGGAUAAAUAACUCCUCUUCUUCUUGAAGAAGCUUGAUCGUGUGUCCCACAAACCUUGUGCAAGGGUGUUCGUUUCUGCAGCUUCAUGUGAACUCAUAGCAAACUGAGUAGGAGGUUUACCACCAAAGUACACCGAUUCGAUGGUUCUAGAUCUUUUGGCACUAUGAUACGAAUACGCAUCGCAUGUUUCUCUAGCUUGUGUCACUCUUCAUCCUCGGGACCUCCGCUGGAAGAGAGUUUGUGGUCGGUAGCUGAAUUCCCCAGACUUUCUGUUUUUUGCGCACGGUUUCCGAGAGGAAUGCGUUGUUUUCGAGGUAGGAGUUGGUUCGUCGUUGGAUACAACACAUUGGAUAUUUUUAGUGUUCUGCACUCUUGUAGUUCCUAUUGAAUGGUGCGAGAGUGUGCGGAUGGCAUGCUGAUGUGUUGUUGCGGUGUUGACUUGUGUAAUUGUAAGCAGUGUAAGAGUAGUGAUCCCUGCAAGAUGAGCCGACUAGCUCCCAAAGUUCCAGUAGGUUUUAGAUUCCACCCCACAGAAGAAGAGUUGGUGGGAUAUUACCUCCCUAAGAAGGUCAGUGACAGGAGGAUCGACCUUGACCUCAUUCGCGAAUUGGAUCUGUACAAGUUUGAGCCAUGGGAUCUUCAUCAGCUAUGCAUGACUCAAGGUGGCUCAAACGAGAAGCAAAUCGACUACUAUUUCUUCAGCCGCAAGGGAAAGAAGUAUCCCACCGGCACCCGAGCCAAUCGCGCCACCACCAUGGGUUUCUGGAAGGCAACUGGACGCGACAAACCCAUUCACACUAAGCUAAACCAAACUCUGAUCGGCAUGCGCAAAACGCUCGUAUUCUAUCAAGGCCGUGCUCCACAUGGCAUCAAGACUGACUGGAUUAUGCACGAGUUUCGCCUUGACGACGGAUCCGAACGACCAACCCAUGACGGUGGGUGGGUGGUCUGCCGUGUAUUCAAGAAGAACAAAAACCUGAUGAUGGAAAUGCAGCAAGAAAGAGCUAUUUCUUACGAAGGGCAAAUGGGUGCGCUGCCUCCAGAAGCGGCGGGCACUCCCAACGUACUACCUGGAGACGACCAGUUAACAUUUCUUGAAAAAUCUUCCGGAGUCAAGCGAGAAAUCAUUAGCCUUGACGACUAUCAACUCCGUCAGUCUAACCAGUAUCUGAACCAGCGGGAGCUAGGAUACCCCUCAAGCUUGAAUAGACCAGACGAUGUCAACUAUUUCAUGAAUUCGUAUCAAGAAACGUCAAACUCGGGCUUGUGCGAGUUUAAUGAUCCCCAGACUUCUAGUGGCAGUGACGACACGGAGCUGAACCACGAAGAAACAAUCUCGGGAUCCUUCCACGACGUCGAUUGGAGCGCUUUGUUACAGGACCCUGUGCGUCCAGCACCAGUGCUGAAAGCCUCGUUGCGGUGCCCUUCAAUGACCAAGCUUGUCCACGACGACGUUACAGGUGUUCUCCCCCAGCUCAAGCGACAAAACUCAGACAUCGUCUCCUCGCUUGAUCUGUGGAAUUACGCUCAGAUCGCCCAGCCGAUGUGAUCUCCAGCGGUAUGUGGGAAUACAUUACCAGUCUAGUCGCGGCAACAUAGGGAACUUGGUGUUCAGCGCCUCACACAUCCACCCCGUUAUUGUACAUGAAGGUCAUCACACAUUCCCGAGAGGAACAUCAAGUUUGAUCGAUCGAUGAUCCCAAACAGAUCCUUGAAUUGCACCGACGCCAUGCAAGCUGGAUUUGAUCUCAAGCAAUGGUGAAGAGCUUGCAGCACCCUUUAUACUGACUCUUGGUGCAGAAAUGUUUUCUAAUACGCAGAAGAUAGAUUCAUGACUUGCAAGUCGCUAAUUUACUUGCUUGGCAUCUCUCUCUCUCUCUCUCUCUCUCUCUCUCUCUGAUUCACAUACGGUUAUCCGCAAGCAUGUAUCUCUUUCUCUUGGUCUUACGUACUGAAAACGGCACACAAGCGGAGAAAAUGGAGAGGGGAACAGAAAGCGGUGCAGUCCCAGUUGCAUGUUGAAGCGUUGAGGGUAGGAUUUCCUUGCAUAUAGUCACCAACUAACUUUUAUCUUGGCCCUUGAUAGAGAGAGCCCAGGUUUGGUUGCGUCGAAAUCCAAGAGCAGUUAAGAAGUGGGAAGGAGAUUGCGAGAAAGUUUGCAUCAGUAGUUUACAGAUAGAAAUGUGAAAUUGAAUUGUACAUACAGAAAAAAUGACCAAUAUCCUCGUGGUGUGAGGAUUGUUUACUACUAGCACACCUCCUGUCCACACAUUGUGGAUUGUCUAGAUCCCUUGUAUCAAUACACCACCUGCAUCAUUGAUUUUAAAACAGGGAGUGUCACAACACUCCAUGUCUUCUUGCA